AAUUCAUUUUGUUAGCUUUUUUGGUUAUAUUAAAUAUUAAUUUAUAUAGUAUUGCUUAGUAUUCUUUCUGAUUCUAAUAUUUUCAAAUUAGAUCAUGCUAAUUGGUGUUGUUCUUUUGUAGUUCGAAAUGUAGAUAUAUAUGUAGAUAUUUAUUACAUAUAUAGUAAACAAGCGUAUCUUCAUAUUUUGAAUAUAGUUUUCCAACCAUGACUGUUUUGUCACCGCUAGUGGAAGUGUCUUCAACUUAAGGUGCUCCAUAAGAUCACUGGCCUGCAACGGUGGACCCCUUUCUCGUCUGAAUUUUCAAUGCUUUCCAACAGUUCUUGUUCAGCAUUUCAGCUCGAAAGAUGCAAUAUUUUGUAGCCCAGUGCUUUAUAAUGCUUAUUCUUGCCGGGAUUAGCCAGCAGGGUGAUGACUUUAGCACGCCCAGUGCCGCCUGGUUGGAAUAUCAGCGGGAGAGAUUCGGUAUGAGCAGUAAUCCCUUCCUGUUUGGGUCCACCAAGGCACCAAUAGCCCAAAAUGUAGAGGUGGUGACCCCGAAAGUGGAGACCACAUCCAGGAAACAUUCCUCCAGCUCGAACGAAAACGCAAGUCAGGAAUCCGAGGAGGAAGAGGAGUCCACGGAGCCACCAAACGAAGACGAAGAAAUUGGGGUGCCCAGUGUUCAAGGAUUCUUCAAGUUUCUGAAGAACAUGCAGAAAACUUGGAUCAAGAAAUCGACUCUGACUUUUGGAAAGAAAAUAAAGCUGCUUCAAAACCUGCGAGACAAUCUUAUAAAAUUAAUAGAGCAACAGUUCGCGGUUCUUUGGCAGCCACCAGAGCGAAGAAGGAGACGUCGACGUGGUAUUUUGGAUGACUCGGAAAUAGACUUUCCGCCUGAGGCGGCAAUCAUGAGCAUCAACUUCUUGACAUUCGCCGUUUUCCUCAUUAAGCUCGUUAUGCAAGUGGUUAAAAUUGUGAAAAGCAAACAUGUUACCUUUUCUGGUUUCACCUUUUCACCAGAAGCUGCAAGACGUCCAUAAAGUAUUACCACUGUUUAAGUAGUUUAGAUUUUAAGAAUAUUCUUUUACAAUGAAAAACAAAUUUUCAUGAAACAAAAAUAAUAUUGUAGAAUUCAAAAUAAGUAGUCUGCUAUUUAAAACAAUAAUUUAUUAAUCUUUCUCGUGUUUACUAGAUCUAAAUUUAAAUUAUAUGAGUUAGUUAGAGAUAUUCAAAGGUUAGUAAAUGUUUCAA